AUAGAUCACUGAGUAUUCGUUCGGCAAUACAGAAGGACGUAGACGUGAAAUCGGCAAACUUUGAAAAUUCUUUAAUACUUUGUGGCAACAUUUUGGAAGGAUGACUUCGAAAAAUGAAUUGGAUCAGCUUUUACACAAAACCUUUACCAACCCGGGUCGUACAGGAUAUAUCACUGUAGAAGGUGUUUGUAUGCCGGAAAGAUACCAAAAGUUUGCGCAAGCGAUCGAGGAUCUGGAAGUAAAAGAAGAUGAUGUUUGGGUCUGCAGUUUUCCUAAGACCGGAACUACAUGGACCCAGGAAAUGGUAUGGUGUAUCGCAAACAAUUUGGAUUACGAAGGGGCGAAGGUACCCUUGGCUGAAAGAUUUCCAUUUUUAGAGAUUUCCGCACUGUUCGAUGCUUCAUCCAUGCCUCAACGACCGGGAACCAAACCUGAAUUGUUCAACAUAGACAGUCUGGCCUACGUGAAGAACAAACCCAAUCCGAGAUUUAUCAAGACUCAUUUACCCUUCCAUUUAUUACCACGACAGAUUCGAACGGGUGAAAAGAAACCGAAAAUCAUCUACGUUGUCAGAAACCCAAAGGACACCUGUGUCUCUUAUUAUCACCAUUGUAAAUUGAUAGAGGGUUAUCAUGGCGACUUCAACACCUUCUGUCGCCUGUUCUUGGGUGACAAAUUAAACUAUGCUCCAUACUGGGAUCAUAUUAUCGAGUUUUGGAAGAAGAGGAACGACCCCAACAUGUUGUUCUUAAAGUACGAAGACAUGAAAGCGGAUUUACCGGCGGUAAUUAAGAAAACAGCAGCGUUUUUGAACAAACCUGUGCCUGUCAGUGGGAUGAAAGGGUUGUUGGAACAUCUGAGUUUCGCUAAUAUGAAGACUAAUCCAGCCGUGAACUUCGAGAAAGUAAUUAACGAUAUUAAAAAGUUCAGACCGAUUGAUGGUAACGAUGAAUUCAUGCGCAGCGGUAAAGUAAACCAGUGGAAAGAAGCAAUGCCUGAAAAUAUCAUACUUCAGUUUGAUAAGUUGACGAAGGAGAAAUUAUCUGUACACAAUAUUUACGCCUAAACUUUAAAUCUUACAAUAAACACGCAUCAGUUCAAUUAUA